AUGGUUUGUUCAGGUCAAAUUUUGGCUGCUUCUUAUUCACCGACGCCGUCGUUGCCGUACAAUUCACGAUUUUCGUACUCCAGAUUUCUCCAGGGAAGGAUCAAAUCAAACCUCAAAUGGCGAUCUAUGGCGUCGGAGGCCGAUUCGUCUUCUUUUGCGCCUUCGAUCGACUCUGAUUCAACCGAUAAAAAAGCCGAUGGCUUCUGUAUCAUUGAAGGACCUGAAACAGAGCAGGACUUCGCCAAAAUGGAGUUGCUAGAAAUUCAAGAUAAUAUUCGAAGUCGUCGGAAUAAAAUCUUUUUGCAUAUGGAGGAGGUUCGCCGGUUGAGGAUACAACAGAGAAUUAAGAGUGCUGAGCUUGGAAUCAUAAAGGAGGAACAAGAGAAUGAACUUCCUAAUUUCCCAUCAUUCAUUCCAUUUUUGCCACCGUUGAGCUCAGCAAAUCUUAAGCAAUAUUAUGCCAGUUGUUUCUCUCUCAUAGCUGGGAUUAUUGUUUUUGGCGGUCUUCUAGCACCUACUCUGGAGCUAAAACUGGGACUAGGAGGCACAUCAUAUGAAGAUUUUAUCCGUAACAUGCAUCUGCCCAUGCAGUUGAGUCAGGUUGACCCUAUUGUGGCAUCAUUCUCUGGUGGAGCUGUUGGGGUGAUCUCAGCAUUGAUGGUAGUUGAAAUAAAUAAUGUAAAACAGCAGGAGCAUAAAAGAUGCAAGUACUGUCUUGGAACAGGCUAUCUUGCUUGUGCUCGCUGUUCAAGCUCAGGAGCACUUGUUCUUAUUGAACCAGUCUCAACACUUAAUGGCGGGGAUCAGCCUCUGUCGCCACCUAAAACUGAAAGAUGCCCGAACUGUUCAGGAGCAGGAAAGGUCAUGUGCCCUACAUGUCUUUGUACAGGGAUGGCUAUGGCAAGUGAGCACGACCCAAGGAUUGACCCUUUUGACUAG